AUGCUCUUCUUCCGCGGCAUCCAGGGCCUCUUCGGCGGCGUGCCCCCCGUGGCCCUCGCCUGGGUCACGGACGUCUUCCCGCCCAACGAGCGGCCGAGGUACCUCGCGGGCGUCCAGGCCACCAUCGCGUCCGCGUUCGUCGCGGGAGCCGUGCUGGGCGGCACGCUGUCGUCCUUCGGCCUCCGGGCGCCCAUGUGCUUCGCCUGCGCCGUGUCGCUGCUGGGGCUCGCCACGGCCCACCACUACCUCAAGGACCCCGCGGACCUCGUCUUCGAGGACGAGCAGAAGUUCCUCGACGGCAAGGCGCGCGAGGACGAGCGGGCGCGGACGCGGUCCGACGACGCGGCCGACGCCGCCACGGAGGCGACGCCCCUCGGCGGCGGCGCGCAGGCGGACGCGAGCCCCUGGCGGCGGCCGCGGUGCCUCGCGUGCGGCUUGCUGUCGUUCAGCUGCAACGUGGCCUACGGCGGCGCGUCCGUGCUGCUGCCCCUCUUCGUGCUCACGUCCUACGGCGACCUGCCCCGGGAGGCCGCGGGCCAGGUCAGCGGGUUGCUCUUCGGCGCGCUGGGCCUGGCGCAGGCGGCGGUCAUGGCCGGCGGCUUCGCGCCCGUCUCCGCCCGUCUGGGGCUCAUGCCGACGUGCGCCAUCGCCGCGCUGGCGCUGGGCGCGGGUGUCGGCGGCAUCCCGCUCGUCGGCAACCGCUGCGCGUCGCCCUGGGCGCUGCUGGCGCCCCUGGCGCUCGUCGCGCUGGGCAACGGCCUCAGCCGCCCGGCGUACGUGACGUACCUCUCGAAGAUCGCCUCCAAAAAAUACGUCUCCCAGACGAUGGCCAUCGUCGACGUCACGCUCAACGCGGCCAUGGUCUGCGGGCCCCAGCUCACGGUCGUCUUCGAGAAAGACGGCGCGGGCCCCGCGUUCCUCGUCGCCGCCGCCGCGGCCGCGUGCGAGCUCGGCGUCGCGGUCGCCGUCGCGAAAGCGGACGCGGCCGGCGGCGCGUCCCGGGCGUCGCUCCUCGCGGCGUCCGGCGGCGGGCGCCGCGAGCGGGCGGCGGACCCGCCGCCGCGGCCGCGGGACGUCUUUCUGGCGGAGACGGCGAAGCACCUCGAGGCCGUGCUGCUGGGCCGCAACUACGAGGUCGACACGUACCGGGCCCAGGUCUGCGUCCGCGAGAUCCUCGACGGCGCCUUCCCCUACCUCGCGCCGGGCGGCACGGAGUCCCCGGCCCACAUGCGCGACGUCGGCCGCCUCAUGGCGUCCCUCGGCCAUGACGACUGGGCCAAGGACGUCCAGGACAAGUUCCAGUUCGAGCCCAUGCGCCGCCGGCCCAAGACGCGCUUCUCCCACGACAUCCAAGGCCGCGAGAGCAGCCGCGGCGCGCUGUGCUAA